AUGGACCAGAGCAGAAGCUGUGAACAGCAAACUCCUCCUAAGAACACAGCAUUAAGUGGAGAAGUGAACAGAGCACCUACGGGUGGAGGAGUGAAUGGAGCACCUGCGGGUGGAGGAGUGAGCAGAGCACCUGUGGGUGGAGGAGUGAAUGGAGCACCUGCGGGUGGAGGAGUGAACGGAGCACCUGCAGGUGGAGAAGUGAACGGAGCACCUGCGGGGGGAGAAGUGAACAGAGCACCUGCGGGUGGAGGAGUGAACGGAGCACCUGCAGGUGGAGAAGUGAACGGAGCACCUACGGGGGGAGGAGUGAACAGAGCACCUGCGGGUGGAGGAGUGAACGGAGCACCUGCAGGUGGAGGAGUGAAGGGAGCACCUGCGGGUAGAGGAGUGAAGGGAGCACCUGUGGGUGGAGGAGUGAAUGGAGCACCUGUGGGUGGAGGAGUGAACGGAGCACCUGCAGGUGGAGGAGUGAAUGGAGCACCUGCAGGUGGAGGAGUGAACGGAGCACCUGUGGGUGGAGGAGUGAACAGAGCACCUGCGGGGGGAGAAGUGAACGGAGCACCUGCGGGGGGAGAAGUGAACAGAGCACCUGCGGGUGGAGGAGUGAAUGGAGCACCUAUGGGUGGAGGAGUGAAUGGAGCACUUGCAGGUGGAGGAGUGAAGGGAGCACCUGUGGGUGGAGGAGUGAAGAGAGCAUCUGCGGGUGGAGAAGUGAACGGAGCACCUGUGGGUGGAGGAGUGAACGGAGCACCUGUGGGUGGAGAAGUGAACGGAGCACCUGCGGGUGGAGGAGUGAACGGAGCACCUGUGGGUGGAGGAGUGAACAGAGCACCUGCGGGUGGAGGAGUGAACGGAGCACCUGCGGGUGGAGACACCUGGUAG